AUGGCACCAAAGAAAAUUGAACCAAAGAAACCUGAGCCUAAAAAGCCAGAACCUAAGAAAGAUGCUGCCCCAGCUGCUAAGCCAGCCCCACCUCCAGAGCCUCUGCCUCAGCUUCCCAAGGAGCCUGACUUUGACCCCAAGAGUAUCACUCUUGAGUUCUCCGCUGACCAGAUUGAGGAGUUCAAGGAGGCUUUCACCCUGUUCGACCGCACACCCACCGGAGAAAUGAAGAUCACCUAUGCCCAAUGCGGGGAUGUGAUGCGAGCUCUGGGCCAGAACCCUACCAAUGCAGAUGUGCUGAAAGUGCUUGGGAAACCACGGCCAGAGGACAUGAGCACUAAAAUGGUGGAUUUCGAGACCUUCUUGCCGAUGCUCCAACACAUCUCCCGUGCAAAAGAUCAAGGCAAUUUUGAGGAUUUCGUGGAGGGGCUCCGGGUUUUUGACAAGGAAGGCAACGGCACCAUCAUGGGAGCUGAGCUGCGUCAUGUGCUGGCGACAUUAGGGGAGAGGAUGACGGAAGAUGAGGUGGACAGGCUGAUGGCGGGACAGGAGGAUGCCAAUGGGUGCAUCAACUAUGCCUCCUUUGUAAAGCACAUUCUCUCUGGGUGA